AAGGAGGAACACCCAGCCCAAGGCCCUCUCUUGUUUUUUCUCCAAACCAGGAUUUUUCAUUCCAAAGGCAUAGGCAGAUGGAGGAGGAGGAAAAGCCCCAGAGAUCCUUCAGGAGGAGGGGCUGCAAACCCAGCCCAGGGAGCUGCGAGGAGGAAAGACCCUCCCUGAUCCGGGAAGGCGCCUGGAGAUCCAAGCGGAGAUCAGAGCUGGUGGAGAAACCUCCUGGAGGGGAGAAGCCCCACAAGUGCUUGGAAUGUGGGAAGGGUUUCAGCUGGAGGUAUGAGUUGAUCUGGCACCAGAGGAUCCACACUGGGGAGAAGCCCUAGGAGUGUGGGAAAUGUGGGAAGGGCUUCACAAGGAUCUCUCACCUGAUGUGGCACCAGGUGAUCCACACAGGGGAACGGCCCUACACCUGCUUGGAAUGUGGGAAGAGCUUUGGGUGGAGCUCUGAUCUGAGAAGACACCAGCGCAUCCACACUGGGGAGAGGCCCUACGAGUGUCCCAAGUGUGGGAAGAGGUUUCAGACCAGCUCCAGUCUCCUCUUGCAUGAGCGGAUUCACACAGAAGAGAGGCCCUUUCGCUGCCCCGACUGCGGGAAGGGAUUCAAACGAAACUGGGCCCUCACUGUCCACCGGCGCAUCCACACCGGGGAGAGGCCCUACGAGUGUCCUGAGUGUGGGAAGAGCUUCUCACAGAGCUGUCCUUUGACCCGACACCAACGGAGUCACCACUAAGGGAAGGAAGCCCUGUGAGUGCCCCGAGUGCAGGAAGAGCUUCAUGCACUGCUCCAGCUCCAUCCCCAAUGGGAGGAUCGGUGUUGGAUGAUCCCCAG